UCUCGUUCCUUCUUCUUCUUCCUCUUCUCUGUUUUUAAAUUUCCACCAUUGUCAUCACAAUCUUCAAUAUGCAAACAAACCAAAUCCAAUUCAAUGGCGGAAGAAGCAAAAUCCAAAGGAAACGCCGCUUUCUCUUCCGGCGAUUACGCCACCGCAAUAACCCAUUUCACAGAAGCAAUCAAUCUCUCUCCGACCAAUCACGUCCUCUAUUCAAAUCGAUCCGCCGCUUACGCUUCUCUCCACCGUUACGAAGAAGCUUUAUCCGACGCGAAGAAGACUGUGGAACUUAAACCUGAUUGGUCUAAAGGAUAUAGCCGAUUAGGAGCUGCGUUUAUUGGAUUGUCUAAGUUUGAAGAAGCUAUUGAUGCGUAUAAGAAAGGAUUAGAGAUUGAUCCGAGUAACGAGACGCUUAAAUCUGGAUUAGCUGAUGCGUCGAGAUCUAGGGUUUCGUCAAAGUCGAAUCCUUUUAUUGAUGCGUUUCAAGGAGAGGAGAUGUGGGCGAAAUUGACGGCGGAUCCGGGGACUAGGGUUUAUUUGAAGGAGCCUGAUUUUGUUAAGACGAUGCAAGAGAUUCAGAGGAACCCUAAUAAUCUUAAUUUGUAUAUGAAGGAUAAGAGAGUUAUGCAGGCUUUAGGGGUUUUGUUGAAUGUUAAGUUUGGUGGAUCUAGUGGUGGAGAUACUGAGAUGAAGGAUGCUGAUGUGAGGAAAGAGCCUAAACCGGAGAUGGAGGUGGAGGUGGAACCUAUGGAGUUGACGGAGGAGGAGAGGGAGAAGAAGGAGAGAAAGGAGAAGGCUUUGAAGGAGAAAGAGCAAGGAAAUGUUGCUUAUAAGAAGAAGGAUUUUGAGAGAGCUAUUGAAUGUUAUAGUAAGGCGAUGGAGCUUGAUGAUGAGGAUAUUUCGUAUUUGACAAAUCGUGCUGCUGUUUAUCUUGAGAUGGGAAAGUACGAGGAGUGUAUUGAAGACUGCGACAAGGCUGUUGAACGAGGCAGAGAGCUCCGUUCUGACUUCAAGAUGAUAGCAAGAGCUCUGACUAGGAAAGGAUCUGCUCUGGUGAAAAUGGCGAAAUGUUCGAAAGACUUUGAGCCCGCGAUUGAGACUUUCCAAAAAGCUCUUACAGAGCAUCGUAAUCCAGAUACCUUGAAGAAACUUAACGAUGCUGAGAAAGCCAAGAAAGAGCUGGAGCAACAAGAGUACUUUGAUCCUACGAUAGCCGAGGAGGAGCGAGAGAAAGGUAAUGGAUUCUUUAAAGAGCAGAAGUAUCCAGAGGCAGUGAAACAUUAUUCAGAAGCAAUUAAAAGAAACCCGAGUGACGUGAGGGCAUAUAGCAACAGAGCUGCUUGUUACACAAAGUUAGGAGCAUUACCAGAGGGAUUAAAAGAUGCCGAAAAAUGCAUUGAGCUGGACCCAAGUUUCACUAAAGGAUACAGUAGGAAAGGAGCUAUUCAGUUUUUCAUGAAAGAAUACGAUAAAGCCAUGGAGACGUAUCAAGAAGGGCUAAAACAUGAUGCUAAGAACCAGGAGUUGCUUGAUGGUGUUAGAAGAUGCGUGGAACAGAUAAACAAAGCGAACCGCGGUGAUCUGACACCAGAAGAAUUGAAGGAGAGACAAGCAAAGGCAAUGCAAGAUCCUGAAGUUCAGAACAUAUUGUCAGAUCCAGUAAUGAGACAGGUAUUGGUGGAUUUUCAAGAGAAUCCAAAAGCUGCACAGGAACAUAUGAAGAAUCCAAUGGUAAUGAACAAGAUUCAGAAGCUGGUUAGUGCCGGUAUUGUUCAGGUCCGGUAAAUUGGCUAUGCUAAACCGGAGUUUUAUAUCGGAUUAAACCAAAGAUGUUUCCAAAUUUUCACUGUGUUCUUCUUUUGGCCUUUUGUUAAACUGAAACUCUGAUUUGGUUUGUUGGUUCAUGUUUGAUGAGUUAUUGUAGAAUAAAUCAAGUAUGUGUUC